GAGCCUAAAACUGUAGUUGUUUAUCAAAAGAUGGUUGAAAGUUUAAAAGCUGCUGGUGAUUAUGAAAAUGCCAUCGGUAUAUUAAAUAGACUCAUUAUAGAUAAAGACCCCAACACCCCACCAAGACAAUUCAUAUUUCAAAUGUAUUCUGAUGCAGCCUUGCAUUCGAUAGAGAAAAGAAAGAUUGAGGAAACAAAGAUGAGACUCUUACAAUGCCAGAAAUGCAUUCCAACGUGGGAGAAUCAUAGCAAAUGCAUUGAGGAAGAUGAUGUACUUGAUUUCUACAUUCUGCACCAUUGUGAAGAAAGAUGUCCGCUUGCAGAGAAGUUAGUUCGUUUACUGACACAGUCAUUUUUCGUAAAAUUCAAUGUUACAUUGAAUGCGGAUGACUGCUUGCCAGGACGUACGAUUUCAAAAUAUUACAAAGAAACAAUCAAAAGAGCAAACUUAAUAUUAUUCUUUUAUCACGAAAGUCCUUUGACGAGCGAAGACAAUGAUGGCAUAUUAAUUGAAAGAAUACAGGAAGAACUCAGCAUGGGUUCAGAAAACAAUGUCCUUAACGUUAUAUUAGGAGAUGCAGAACAGCCUUGGCGACACCCAGCUGUCGUACUCCCGAAUGACUUUGCCACUGCAGGAGAAGAAGGCAAGGAAGACGCUGAGAUGCAUGCCCUAGAGGGUCAUCUGAUACUGGAUAUUUUGAGGAAAACAUAUGAACUUCAAGCGAGUAAAAGUUUUCAGCCGGAAAGUUUUUCUUUCGAGCAAAACGUUUUCGAAUGAAAGGAAUGAUGCCUCAAAUUAAGCAGACUUCCAAUAAUGAGUUGUGAUUUUUUUAUUUUUAAAAUUGGACUAUUUGGAGAUAAGAAUAAUCUAAUAUCAUUUGGUUAUGCGAAUGCACGUGCAAGUUAGAAAUUUUUGCAGAAGGCAAAAAUACACAAAAGAUCCUUUUCUACUAUUCAUGUUUUGAAAUGCUGACCUCCAACAAGCCCAGCCACUGUGUGGGCAUUUAAACGGGUUAAUCUAUGUGUCUGCUAAUGCUUACCUUUUAAAAAAUCUAAACUACGUAAUGAUAUUUGCAUGUUGUAUGUUAAAAUGUGGUCAUGCUGUUUUUCUGGAUAUUUUCCUACAUAGCAUAUGCAUAACUUUAAUCUUUGUUUGUGGUUUCACCUUAGCUAAAGAGAAUCAAUUAUGAAAAUACAAGCUUCAGUCAAAAUCUUGAUAAGUCAAGCAGACCAACUUUAUGAAUUCGUUUAUGCGUCUAAGCCAAAAGGAUUAAAGCAAACAUGAAAGAGUGAUUAAUAAAGAAUGUUUAACAUUGCUUCACAAAGGUGUUGAUAUCUACAGUUAAGAGAUGAGAUCAAUAAUUGAUGGAUGGAAAUAAAAAUGUGGUCAUCCCAACACUAGUUCGUGUUUCUUUUGCUUUGUUAAGCUGAAUUAAAGCAUAACAUAAAAUUAUUUAGUCCAUUUAAAAAAAUUGCUUGCCCUCUAUCAACUGAAGAUAAAACAAAUUUGAUAGGUAG